GGAAUCAAUAACCACCGCCAGGUUGGAACCUUUCCAACUGUUGGCUUGAAUAACAAUCACUGCUCGCGAGUCACGAUUGAUCCCUUCGCAGCGACAUCACCAAGUCUUAUCCACCGAUCGAAGCGAGCCUAGUCUCGCAUGCGGGCCGCAGCACGAUCCUUGCCUAUGACGCUUGAGUCGCCAUAGCUGAGCUUCACGUCUUCCGCGACCAUUCACAUCCACCUAGACACACGACUUCACCAGCGCCAGUAAAAUGCCUCCCAAGAAGCGCGCCGCCCCCUCGAAACAAAAAGUCCAAGCGCAGAACAAAAGUGCCGGCAAGCCCUCAGCGCUCGCAAAAUCGCUCUCCCUCAGCGCCGCCGAAGAGCGCGAGGUGUCCGAGGCAUGGUCCCUCUUCUCGACCGGCGACGCGAUGAAUAGCUCCGAUGUUCGGAAUGCUCUGAUAGCACUGGGCCUCGAACCCUCCGCCACAGAGCUCUCCGAGAUCCUGGAGGCCAUCGUCGACGAGGACGAGGGCACAGUGGCGUACGAGCAGUUUCUAGAAGUUGCGGCACUAAAGCUUCGCUCCACAUCCUCGCACGACGAUAGUGAGGAGGUGGAUGAGGCAUUCAGACUGUUUACUACGGGGAACAGGAUUACGAUGCAUGAUCUGAAGCGCAUAGCUGCCGAACUGAAGGAGGAGGUCAGUGAGCAGCAGUUGAGGGAUAUGAUCGCUGAAGCUACGAAGGGGGAGAGCGGGAGAGGGGUUACUAUUGACGAGUUCGAGGGGGUCAUGAGGAGGGCGGGUGUUCUGUGAUGACUGGUUUGCUCGAACCUACCGGCGUCGUUUGGGGUUUGGCCUGGAUGAAUGGAUUCUUGAGCAGGACCCCUGACCGACAAUAAUCCAUUUCCUCGGCCCACUAGCACCAAGUGCCGAGUGAUAGUGGUAACAUCUAGAUCAUUCCGUUGCAAACCUCACCCACCAUAUAAAACCCUUCUUUCAGCCCGUCCUCGUCUCCUUCUCUACACAUCACAGCUCACCAAGGCUACUCCCGCCUACUCUUGCCACUUCAUUUG